AUGGCUAGCGCACCACCCCUCCAGGAAGCGGAUCUGGGUCUUGAAUCCCCCCGCAAACGCCAGAAGCUUGAUUCCCCUCCACCAUCGAUAUCGAGCAUCGCGACCACCACAACACAGCCAAUUGGUAAACCAGUUGCGAAGAUGGACGAGCCGAUGAACCCAAUGGUCAUCUCUGAGACUGGAUUCCAGCCAGAGCGUGAAAAGCAAUGCGCAAUCAUCCACUUCGUCAAUGAUUCGAACCCUGGUUUUACCGGUGUGUUGAAACAGAGAUACACUGACUUCAUUGUCAACGAGAUCGCCCUUGAUGGAAGUGUCAUUCACCUCACUAAUGACAAGGCCCCCAAUUUUAAAGCUAUCGCAAUGGAUGAAGCUCCUAGCAGCUCAAAUCCUGCACAAGAUACGACCAGUGCCCCCACUGCUUCGAAACCUGAUGACAAUGGCGAAGGCUCUGCAAAAGACGUCAAGCCAGAUGAAGCUCCAGCUCCCGCAGGAUCCAAGCCAGAAGGGUCGCCAAUUACCUCUGUCGAAAAGCCUUCCGAAGGUACACAAAAGCCAGCCUUUGUUCUCAGUUCCGAGGAUGAUACAAUUCUUGUGCAGUACUUCGGCGCCGCAUUCAAAGAUGAGCUCGUCAAAUUUCAUGAGAAGAUUCUGGCCAAACCAGAGGCUAAGCCUGCUGUCUUUGGCUCCCUCCUAUCGUCACCCAUCACAGAUCGAGUACUGCGUGGUCAGAUUCAUCAAAAUAUCCGUCGAAUUUUUGACUCGAAAAUCGAGACAACACUGAUCGAGGAUGAUGUGAUUAAGUUCACUGCUGCUCUGCCAGUCAAGCCACAUCCAGAAGGAUAUGUUAGAAGACAGAAUCCUCGGCAGCAGCGCUCCGGGCCAAAAGGCAAGCUGGGUUGGCAGGAACUGGGCGGAGAAUACCUGCACUUCUCGCUCUACAAGGAGAAUAAGAAUACCUUGGAGGUAACAUCCUUCUUGAGCCGUAAAUUGCAUGUUAAGCCGAAGGAGUUCGGCUUCGCAGGGACCAAAGACCGCAGAGCUGCGACCGUUCAACGUGUUAGCAUCAAACGCCAGUAUGCUGACAGAUUGGCCUCACUGAAUCGAGAGUUACGGAAUGCUCGCGUCGGUGACUUCAAGUAUGAGAAGCACGGACUUGAGCUUGGUGAUCUUCAAGGUAAUGAAUUUACCAUCACUCUGCGAGACUGCCAUUUCGGGAACGAUUUCCAUCUUGAGGAAGCAGCUAGAGUACAAUUUGCCAAUGAUGUUGUGGGCCAAGCCGUCGAGCACCUCAAAGUUCACGGUUUCAUCAAUUACUUUGGUUUACAGCGUUUUGGUACGUUUGAUAUUGGCACAGACGAAGUGGGGAAGAAGAUUCUCAAAGAGGAUUACGAAGGUGCUGUUUGGGCCAUUCUCUCUUUUAACGAGGAGAUCUUGGCUGCUGAACCAAACCCAGAGGCCCGCGGCAGUGACAAGAUCGCCUCUGACUUUAUUUACCGGGCACGUGCGAUCGAUCUUUUUAAGAAAACUGGUAAGUAUCAGUCUUUGCCCCAGGCUUUCAGUGCCGAGCAAGCUAUAAUUCGCCAUUUGAGUUCUGGCCAAAAGAGCAAAGAUUAUCUCGGAGCUAUUAUGGCAAUCACUCGCAACAUGCGAACUUUGUAUCCGCAUGCCUAUCAAUCUCUGGUCUGGAAUACUGUUGCUAGUGAGCGUUGGUCUCGAUACCGGGAUCGAGUAAUCAAAGGUGAUCUCGUGAUUGUUGACACCGAGGCAAAGAAGGCGGCUGCCCGACAGGAUGAGGUUGACGAGAAUGGCGAAGUUGUAGUCCAUCCUGCAGAAGAUGACGUUGGGCUUUCCCAUGAAGACCUCUAUCAGCGUGCACGACCACUUACUGCAGAGGAGGCAGACAGUGGCAGGUACACCAUUUUUGACAUCGUUUUGCCAACUCCGGGAUUCGAUGUUGAAUAUCCAGACAAUGAUAUUGGCGAUUUCUACAAGGAAUUCAUGGGAAGCGAACGCGGUGGAGGACUGGAUCCUGCGAAGAUGCGUCGGAACCAAAAGGACUUCAGUCUCAGUGGCAGCUAUCGAAAGUUCCUGGGGCAGGUUGGAAAGAAUCUGAGCUUCCAGAUCCGUACCUACCAUGAGGAUACCGAGCAGCUAGUGGAAACGGAUUUGGACAGGCUUAACAAGUCGAGGCCAAAUUACCAGCGCUACGGAAGUCAGUACCAAAACAGUGGGCCUCAGAAUGGUCGCGGCCGAGGCGCACGAUAUGAUAACAGCGCAGGUCAGCAUGGAGGACGGCAGAAUGGCAACUGGUCCAAUCAGCAGAAUGGCCCCAACAACGAUAAUGCGCAACAGCCUCCGCCAUCAACUGGUUCAACUUCGGGUCCACCGACUCCUGCUGUUCAUCCCAACCUGGCCGCAUGGCAAAAUCUUCCCGCAAAGCUUGCUGCGGACGAUGCGGCAGCAGCUGCUGCUUAUGAGUUGAGGAAGCCUGCCAACCCUGAUGAUAUCAAGCAACCAAUCUACAAGGAGACAUUCGUUGAGACCUCAGUGAUUAACAAUGAGGGAAGGCGUACUGGUUAUCGAUCAACCAAGUACAUCGGAGCUGAUGGCCAGGAAUUGACAAAGGAAGAGGCCGAUGCUAUCAAUGCUGCAAAUGCAAAAAUUGACGCAAAGGCCGAGGCAAUGGAGUUGGAUGCUUCCAAUGCGGCUCUUAACGCAGCCACAUUGACGUCGGCUGAAACUCCUACGCCGGCUCCUGGCUUACCAAGGAAGCGGUCAGCAGGGGACAUGUCUUCGGCUGCGGCUGAACCCGCCAAGCCUAUGGGUCUUUCAAUGGAUGGUGCUUGGGAUAGCUUCGAGUAUAGAGGGCCAGCUAAGAUAGGUGUGAUCAUCAAGUUCACACUAGGACCAAGCAUGUACGCGACCAUGGCUCUGCGUGAGCUGAUGAAAGCAGGGGGGGUCAAGACCUAUAAGCCUGAUUUCAGCAGUGGAGCAUAG